AGAGUCGUGUGAACAAGGAAGUUACUGUUUUUACAGGAAGCGUAAAGCUGCCUUUUGUUUUGUUUUGUCUUUGUUUUCUGUAUCGAAGCGUUGGUCGUUUUCCAUCGGAGCAGUUGGCUAGAUCGACUAAUAGGUUAUCCUUCAUCUGAUUUGUUUCUAUCAAGUUUAUUUUUUUAUGACAGUUGACGAGAUUUGGCGUUAGCUUCACACGCUAACAACAGAGCUAACAGCUAAGCUAACGGGCCUGGAGGCCAAGAAGGGAUACAGCUACGGCCACGACAGUUAAGUUUAGGCACUAAAACGAGUACUUAAGUUAAGGAAAAACAUCGUGGUUUGGAUUAAAACGAGGAAUGAACACACGUUCCCUGUGUGGAAGUGUUAAACUUAUAUUAUUAUUAUUAUAUUAGCCGAGAUUUUGCCUAACUUCAGGCCGUAGCUGUAUCCCUUCUAGCCCCAACCGUCUGUUCAUUGUAUCCCUGUUUAUGUCAACCAGCUGGGGUUUUAAGCUUUAAAAACGUUAGAUACCCGCGUGAACAGAGCGUUAGGGCCGCUGUCACACGUUCACCGCCCAGGCCAUGUAUGCCCCGCCGGGUUCCGCUGUCCCAGGAGGCCGGAGGCGGGGAGGAGGCACCUCCGUGCCCAAGCAGCCCGAGCGGAGCCUGGUGUCGGCGCUGCCCGGGGCUCUGUCCAUCACGGCGCUGUGCACGGCGCUGGCGGAGCCGGCCUGGCUCCGCGUGCACGGAGGCACCUGCCCGAAACAAGAGCUGGGGGUGGCGGAUGUCCUCGGGUACAUUGACCCCAAGCUUCUGGACGAUUACUGCGUGAACCCGCAGACCGUCCUGCUGAUGAGAGUGAUCGCGGCCUUCUGUUUCCUGGGCAUCCUGUGCAGUCUGACUGCUUUCCUCCUGGACGUGUUCGGACCCAAACACCCGGCCCUGAAGAUCACACGCAGAUAUGCAUUCGCACAUAUUCUCACAGUGUUGCAGUGUGCCACGGUCAUCGGCUUCUGCUACUGGGCAUCGGAGCUCAUCCUGUCCCUGCAGCAGCAGCACAAGAAGUACCACGGCUCACUCAUCUACGUCACCUUCGCCAUCAGCUUCUACCUGGUGGCGGGGGCGGGCGGGGCCUCCAUCCUCGCCACGGCCGCCAACCUGCUGCGGCACUACCCCACCGAGGAGGAGGAGCAGGCGCUGGAGCUGCUCUCCGAGAUGGAGGACAGCAGCGAGACUUUCCCCGCCGACUAUGACAUCACCAAUCAGUUUCAGCCGCCCCCGGCGUACACGCCAUAACAACCAACGCGCUGGCCUUUUGCUUAAACACUCGCUUCUCUCUCUAUCUCUCUCUCUCUCAGCACGGCUUUUGGCUCGAUGAGCAAAACCUCCCUCUCUCACACUCUCUGUCAAAUGGAUAUCUUUGCGAAAUAUCUCUACGUAAUGAGCGCGGCGUCCGCGGUCUUGCGCAAAACUCGGUUGGUUGGCUGACUGACUGACAGCGCUUUGGGUGCAUGAAAAGCCUUUUCUUUAGCGGUGGCAGAAAAUUUAGGAGCUGAUUCUUAACGCUCACCGCUGAAGUUGUUUGUGAUUUGCAUGUAAAUGGCUUUUAGGAUUCGGUUCUUUACAUGUAAACGGCGAGGAGUGCUUUAACAUCACGAGUUACGGACGAAGCCGCGGCCGGAUCAGUGCCGGUUUUUGAUUUUUUUAGGCUGGGCUGUCGGCGGACUGUAAGAGGUUUGAUGCUCGUUUGGAGCUUUGUUAAAGGACAAAUCCAGCGCAAAAUUAACCUAGGGGUUAAUAACGUAUGUGUACCGUGUCGAGCGUUCUCUGGAAUAAGUUUUCAUGCUAAUCGAAUGUGUAGCUAGCUUUAGCGCGGACCGCUGAUUAGCUUGCAGCGCU